AUGAUGAACUUCAAGAACCACCAUGAGGGGUUUGCAGGGCAGCAGCUGCUCGCCGCCGCCGCCGCCGCCGCGAGCCAGGUCUCCGGUGGGGCGCCGCUGCCCUGGUGGGUUGGGUCCCAGCUGCUGUACGGCGAGCCGAUGGGCCACGGGAAGGCGCCGCCGGCCGUGCCCAUGUCCAUGUCGCCGCCGGAGGAUGCCUGCCGGGACGGCCAGUUCCAGGUCGUGCCGAGGGCCCAGGCGCUGCUGGACGCCGUGCCGCUGCCCAUGGGGGAGAGGGGCAUCCCUGAAGCUCUCAAGUUCUCCAUGGCUCAUGGUGAGGCUGCUCUGUCCCCAUCCUUUGAGAUAGGUGUUUGUUUUGUGGCGUGA